AUGAGGAUGACGAAUGUAUUUUUUUUGACCAAUACAUUUAGGAAAAUAAUAAUGCGUCGGAGGAUUUUUGUAAUUCUACCGUUCUUGUUGGGAUUGGGAGUUACCAUUGUGGCCUGUAGAUGGACGGCCGCCGUUGUCAGCCACGUCCUCCUACCACCAGGCCCACCGGAUCAAAACUUGGAGCACUUCAUUAGGAAUAGGAGUUUAAGUCACUAUUUUGAUAAUAUUCAAAUCCUCAUAGAGCCGUCCGCGCCUUGCCCAGGGUCGGACAUUCCUGUGGUAGCGUUGGUAGCUACGACACCAUCACGGUUUGACCAGAGACAAGCCAUCAGAGAGACGUGGGCUAAACGUGUGCUUACUUACUUCUUUAUGGGCUUGGAAGGAGGGAAAAUCGAUGAAAGCAUGGUAGAUAUCUACGUAGAAGCCAAAGAACACAGCGAUAUGGUAAUAUUGAACUUCCACGAACAUUAUCAGAACUUAACCUUGAAGACUGGUUUCAUGCUAAAGUGGACUCUAGAGCGAUGUGCUACCGCCAAUUUUCUACUUAAAAUCGACGACGAUGUCUUCUUAAAUCCUUGGAACUUGGAGCAGGUCAUGAGGGGAAAGGAACGUCACAAAUUGAUUGGAUACAAAAUCAAGGAUUCAACUGUACACCGAGAUCAGUAUACGAAAUGGUACUUACCCCGGUGGCUGUAUAGCCGUGAUGUGAUCCCGGAAUAUCUGGCCGGACCGGCCUAUGUCGUAAAUACGAAGCACAUCGCGGAGAUUUUACAGGAAGCAAAGAAGACACCGCUGAUCAAUUUAGAAGAUGUAUAUUUCACUUAUCUAGUCUCCAGGGAAGGUUUAGACUUUGAAUUGACUCACGAAAGAACUUUCAGCCCGCACAAGCCCUUCCUGCUGUGCUCAUACUGGAGCCUCACGACUGUUCACAGUUUAACUGAUACAGAAAUGCUAAGCGCUUGGAAAAGUUAUAAUGACGACGCCAAACAAAAUAGUACUUUAUGUGGCUUUCACUUUCCGCCGCUGCGAUGA